AUGACAAACAUAUUGACGGACACGACCGCCAAGGUGAAAGGGCCGACAUUCAUCGGUGUCAUAUGGGGCGCCACAAUAUUAUCCUUCCUCUUCAUAUCCGCCCGCACCGCGGCCCGUCUCUGCACCUUUCGACGCCUCUGGCUCGACGAUGCCUUCGCCAUUAUCGCCUGGUUGAUGCUCCUCGCGUCGGCCAUCAUCUGGCAAAGCCAACUAUACCACCUUUAUCUCAUCUUCCAGCUCAGCGACGGCACGAUGUCCAUGACGCCCGACAUAAUUGCCCAGAUUGCACAGCUCGGGCGCGCCGAGAUCUUCUUCCUUGUCUUCUUCUAUAGCUCCCUCUGGACCAUCAAAGCCUCGUUCUUGGUCUUCUUUCGUCGUCUUGGAGGGACGGAUCGUCGUUGGAUUACGUGGUUUUGGUGCGUAGUAGGGUUUGCCCUCGCUGCCUAUUGUGUUGUUGUGGGAGAUAUUCAGUGGACUUGCUUGGUGAAUAUUAGGGCUGCUUCAAUGGCCCGAUGCUCCACCGAGAAGGCGAUUCUCUAUCAAUACGAUACCCUGAUCAUCAACCUAGCUCUGGAUGUCUUGACCGAUCUCGCCAUUAUCAGCCUCCCAAUCAUCCUGCUGUGGAAUAUCCAAAUCCCGCUACGCCAGAAGUUAAUUUUAAUGGCCAUUCUGUCCCUCGCAGUAGUCAUCAUCAUCGUCGCGAUCGUGCGGGUCGCCGUCGUCGCUCGCAAGGACAGCAAUUCGGACGAAUCCUGGCUGUGGAUGUGGAGCUUCAUCGAAGCGACUGUGGCAAACAUCGUCGCAUGCGUGGCCUCGUUCCGCCAGCUGUUCAUGAAACACGACCAGAAACGCUCCCAGCCGUAUCCGAGUUAUCCCCCCAGUACUCCCCGGGAUGCCCGUCGUUCUAAGCAGGGGGGAGUCGAGCGCACUUGGACGCCAUCGCAGGAUAGCUCGGAUCUGGAGAUGUGUCGCUAUGGGAGUCAUCGGGGGUUGACUGCUUCGGAUCAUGUGGCGGUGGAGUAAUUGGUGAUCGUCAUGACCAGGGUUUGUUUAUUGGAUCGGAAAGGAUCCUCUAUUAUGAUGUGUCUGUCCGCUGCUGCGUCCGUUGGACUAUGAAUAAUGCUAUGGAAUGGUAUUUUG